AUGCCGGACCCAGGCCCUGGCGGUUACACCAGGGAAGACCUAACCAUUCUCUCAUAUAAUGUACACGGCUUAAACGUCAGAGAAAAACGCACAAGUCUUCUGCGGGAUCUGAAACACUAUAGGGCGUCAAUAGCGUUUCUCCAAGAAACGCACUUUCAAGAAGGCAGAGCACCGGCACUGCGAGACCGCAAUUUUAGAACGGGAUAUUUUAGCAACAACCCGGACAGGCGCACGCUGGGAGUAGGUAUCAUAUUCUCCAGCAGAACCCCAUACACGGAACAAGCCACAGUAAGAUGCAAACAGGGCAGGUAUAUCUUCACUAAAGGCACGAUCCUCGAACAAACCUACACGUUCGCCAAUAUAUACGCCCCGAACACGAAACAGUUUCCUUUCCUUCGGAACGCACUGAACACCCUGAUGAAGUUCGCAGAAGGCACUCUGAUCGUGGGGGGAGAUCUGAACCUGACCCUGCACCCAGACCAAGACUCCACAUCGACACUCGGCAGAACCCCGCAUAAGCGACACGCGAACACACUCCGUCUACUGCACCAACACCAAUUGGCGGAUUGCUGGAGAGCGCUGAACCCAACAACGCGGGACUACACGUUUUACUCACAGACCCAUGCAACAUACACGAGGCUAGACUACUUCUUACUAGCACACCACGACUUGGACCUACUCAAGGCAGCAGACAUACUGCCGAUGACAUGGUCGGACCACUGCCCGAUCCGCAUACGGAUGGCAUCACCGUUAUUUAAACCCAGACAGAUGUCCUGGAGACUGAACGAAUCAAUUCUAUCGGAUGUGACAGUGGCUGAUAAAAUAGGCCAAACCAUACGAGACUACUUCCAAGAUAAUGAAACGGAGGACGUGACACCAAUGACAUGCUGGGAAGCACACAAGACGGUAGCAAGAGGCCAGAUUAUAGCAAUAUGCGCGAAUCGCAAAAAAAAAGGCGGCGGUACGGGAAAUAACCAGGCUGAGCAGCGAAAUUGCGACCUUGGAAGCCAGACAUAA